GAAAAGGUUAAUUCUUAUUUCUCAAUUUUAAAUUAGCGGUCUCUUGAAGUAAUCCACACAUGAUCGCUCUGAUGAUCAGCAGCUAUGACAUUUUAAGUUGUGAAUGGAUACUCUGUGGUAUGGUUUUAAUGGUCUAUGGUUUAAUGGUGGUCUAGAAUCUAUGUUUAGUAUUUAUUUAGUUUUAGUUUAGUCCAUAUAAAAAUAAUUGGUGAUAAAGUGGUGGUUUCGAGUUGUUUCUUAAUUAUUAAAUCAUUUUGUUACUAAGGACACGUUAAUAAUUACAGUGUAAUAAGAACUUCCUAUACAAUAUAGUUACAUAAUGUAAUGUUUUGACUACUGAGAAAAACAAAUGUAACCACAAAAACGAAAGCUGGAAAAAUUGCUACAGUUGUUCCAAUUAACUAAUGAAGCGCUCAUCGUCAUAUUUUACGAAAGUAAUAUUCUUAGGUUUUCGUUAUUCUGUUAAAUAAGUUAUGUGAAGUUCAAGAAACAUAUUCUAUCAACAUUGCAGUGUUACAACAAAUAUAGUAAAAUGAGGUUCAACGACAAAGAAUUAGCUAAAUUAAGUGAAAGCAAGGGUGAAAUGGAAGGAGUCCUACACCACUUAAAGCCAUCGGAAAACGAAUGGUCAGAUUGGUAUCAGCAGCCCUAUUUUAAGGAACGGUUUUUUAAGCUAGUGUCAAAUUUACUUUUUUACUUUCGUGUUAAUGAGCAGGAGCCAAUAGGUAUCCUUGUGUUAGAAAACGUUCAAGUUGCGUAUGAGAGACCACAUAAAGGUAUUUCCUUUGCAUUUUCACUUACUUUUAAAACAGGUGACAAAAGUAAAAUAAUUGAUCAAAAGCAUAUAUUCUCCUGUCGUUGUGAUGAAGAUGUUAAUAAAUGGGUUUGUGCUUUAAAGGUUGCCUCUUAUGAACAUUGGAGGUCACAAUUGAUAAUAUUAAAAACCAAAAUACACAUGCGAACUGGACAAGACCCAAUCUUAGAUUAUUUAAAACAGGAAACAAAGAAUUCAAGCAAAAAUCACUUUAAAACAGUUUGUGCCAAAAGCUCAUUUCAGAGUCAUAUUGAAACAAAACUUUUUACUGAUGCUAAUGGUGAAAUAGAAACUGUUACAACUACUCAAAAAAUUUCCAAGAAUUGUAUAUCAAACAAAAGUGUCCUAGUUGGAAAACUGGUGGACAUUUAAUGCAAAGUAACUGUUUGCUUACUAUAAUUUAAUUUAAAAAAUGUAAUUUAUUUUUAUGUACUAUACUAAUCUAUUUAUCUGAAUAGAUAAAUAUGAUCUCAUAAUGUCUAAGAAAACAACAUUUUGCUAGUCAAUUCUUUUAAUUCUUAUUUUGCCCAACUGACUUGUCCAUUCUAGUAUUAAAAUGAAUAUUUUGUGGUAAAGCUUUACUAAACACUUGUAAUAUAAAACAAAUAUUUUGUUACCAAUAUAAGUACUGGAGAGUUUC